CAGAAAGAGAAGCCAAAUCGGUUCAACACAGAAACACAUCACGCUCUCUUCACUCUCCACUCUUGAGCUCAAAUUCAAACGCCGAAUAUAAUAUAAUAUGGUAUAUAUAAUAUUAUUUAAUUAUUAUCACUAAUUCACAUUAAUAUUAAUUUAAUAUUAAUAUUCCCCCAAAAAUCAUCAAAUAUGGGUUGAUGUUCGUUCAGGAAUUGUUCUUCUCAGGUUGAGCUUAAUUCGAAGCUACUACAGCUUCUACAAUCACACUAACUAACAUAUCAUUAAUAUAAUUAUUAUUAUUGUUUUUAUGAUUAUGAUUAUGGGAAACAGUAGCAGAAUUGGUUCAUCAUUUUCUUCUUGCUUAGUGGCUCCUCUUCCUUACCCUUUUAACCGUACAACACUUUUCCAGUUGAGAUUAUCACAAGGGUUGUUUGUCAACAAGCAAACUGCUUCCCAGCUGCAAAUAUAUGCUAAAGACAAAUCAUGCCAGUUCAAGUUUAUAUAUGGAAUUCCAAAGUUAAAGGCAAGGUUCCAGAAACAGCAUAAUGCUCUCUCUGUUGUCUCUGAGGAUCAACCACAAAGCACUGAGCUUGAUGAAGCUGCUUUAGUUCCAGAAAGCGAAGAUGCUAUUGCUGAAGACAUAUCUACCAUUGGCAACUCAUCUUUUAAUUUAUUGGGAAGUGAUGGAAAACCAGGCUUUAUAUCAUUCUAUAACCGUCCAUAUGGAAAAGACAAGGAGACACUAUCGUCAAAAUCAGAAAAGAGUCAAAAUAGCAUCUUGUGGUUUGUGGGUCCUGCGGUCCUUGUUGCUUCUUUCAUUUUUCCUUCACUCUAUUUGCGCAAAGUGCUCUCCAUCAUUUUCGAAGACUCUUUGUUAACAGAUUUCCUCAUAUUAUUCUUCACAGAAGCAAUUUUCUAUUGUGGUGUUGCGGUAUAUCUUUAUCUACUAGAUCGAUUAAGGAGACCCAUGCAACAAGAAACCGCUACAACCAGUCGAGAUACUCUGCCUUCUCAGUUGGGACAUCGCGUCUCUUCUGUUGCUACCCUGGUGCUUAGUCUCGUAAUUCCUAUGGUCACUAUGGGUUUGGUCUGGCCGUGGACUGGUCCUGCUGCAUCCGCAACUCUUGCUCCAUACCUGGUUGGUAUAGUUGUCCAAUUUGCAUUUGAACAGUAUGCAAGAUAUCGAAAAUCACGUUCAUGGUCUGCUAUUCCAUUAAUCUUCCAAGUGUAUAGAUUGCACCAACUAAAUAGAGCAGCACAACUGGUGACUGCUUUAUCAUUUACAGUUAGAGGAGCUGAGAUGACCUCACACAACAUGGCUAUAAAUAACUCUCUGGGUACCCUUUUGAAUGUCCUACAAUUCCUUGGUGUGAUUUGCAUUUGGUCCCUGUCAAGCUUCCUCAUGAGAUUUAUACCUCCUGCUUCCACCGCGGCGCAGUAAAAGUAAACAAUUUCCUUGUAAAGUUUGUUUACAACUUGGAAUUGAUCCUCUCAUGUUGAUUUUUCAUACGAACUUCCAUGUGUAAUCUCUCACCUUUCAUUCUGCUUGUCAAGUGUUUUGUAUUGAUUCCUCAUUUUAAAUGAAGGGUAAAAGAUCACACCUAACAACGUUAUGUGAAAAAUCAACCUAAGAAAAUCCGUUUCCCAUGGAUCAAGGCACCUCUUACCUUCAACAAAAUGCUAAAAUCUAAUUGAACAUUUAUACACGAAUCCUCUUGACUCAUCCAGAAUAAAUUUGAGGUUGCAAGAUAUUGCAAAUGAGGGCUCACAAUACAGAAGAAGCAAACAGGAGGAAGAAACAUUUGUAGAAUUGUAGUUAUGCUUUUGCAUAUCAUGUUUUAUAUUAAGUACUAUGCCUUGGUAGAUAUUCAUUUUGGGAAUAAGAUCACAAUGUAUUUUAAUUA